CUUUUUUAUAGCCUCAAUUUUAUGCAAUAAACCGCCGUAAAAAAAACGCAUUCAAAUGGAAAUUUACCAUUCCACACAGAAAAAAUCUGAAGCUUUUUGAAAAAGCGUAAGCGAAAAAAGCAAAAGCUUAAAAAAAGUGUAAGCGCAGCCAAUGUUAGUUUGAGUAUAACGCGUUAGAAUGGUGUUGUCAUAUUAGCUCAAAAAAUUGUAGUUCGUUUAUCGUCAGUUUCAGUUUUGAUGCAAAUCUGUUUAAUUUACCGCCUAACUGGGACUUCUUAGUUAAUCAGUUAACUUACCAUUCGCGAACUGUUUUCAAUAUUGAUUUACCAUUUUCAGAUAUUUAUGAGUUAUUUACUUAACUAAAACCGGCAAUACUUACACUAUUUUAACCGUACCUCACACACAAAGAAGCAAUCACAGCACUGCUAUUUUGUAGUUAGCCGCGAUCAGAAGUCACAAAAUUGGAAUAGAAAAUUUGUCAUCAUGGGAGCUUCGCAGGUGGUUUUAUUCGUCCUCAACUUUGUGGUUUUCCUCGCUGCGGUCGCAUCGCUGGGAUUUGGACUGUACAUUGUGUUUGAAACCGCGUUCGACGACAAUGACAUCGGCGAGAUGCUCGGCGGAACUAAUUUCCAAAUCAUUGCGAUGGUGUUCGCGGGAGUGGCCGUGGUCGUGAUCCUCAUCUCAUUCGCAGGAUGUUGCGGGGCUUACAAGGAGAGCACGUUCUUAGUAGUGAUAUACAUCGUCCUUCUGACUGUUGUGGUGGCGCUUGAAAUCGCAGUUGUCGUGAUGUUCGUGCUCUACGGGACGGACAUUGAGGAGAAAACUGAAGAUUGGCUCGGAGAUUCAAUGAAGGACUACAGCUCGGACAGCGACGUUAAAAACGCCUGGGACAAGUUCCAGGCUAAGUUCGACUGCUGCGCCGUAAAUAACUACACGGAAUGGGCUGAGCUUCUCGGUUCGAUCCCAAGUUCGUGCUGCAAACCGGCGUUCCCGAACUGCAACGGCAGUGAUCGGACCGAGCUAUACGAAAAAGGAUGCAAAGCGACAGUGGUUGAUAAAAUCGAGGACAACAUGGAUAUUCUGAUGUAUGCUGGGGGUGCGCUGGUGGCUAUCCAGUUGCUCUGUCUCCUGCUGGGAUGCUGUGCGCUGAACUCGUUCAGAAAGGAUGUCAAAUACGCAUGAAGAUCAAAAUCAGAACGUGGAAGAGAGAUAUGAAAGCGGGAAGUUAUAACUCAAACCAUAGUCAUGGCUAUGGUCUACAUAUGAGAACUCUGUGACCCGCAGUGUUUGAACUGUCAUUGAUAGUAGAUGAAACCGUUUAUCAAUUUUUUUUCGAAUAUUUUGAUUUGGACAUUUUUCACCGCAGAUUUGUUUAAAAAAGGGAAAAUUUGUGAGUUAUUAUUACGGAAAAGAUGUUCAGAUUAAAGUUGAAAUGUAAGCAUUGAUAGCUUCCUGUGUUGUUUUCGUCUUACAUCAUUUUCAUCUAUUCCCUUUUGAUAUAUCAUUUAGUUACAGCUUCAAAAUAGUUACCCUAAGUUUAUUUUUGCUAUGAAUUCAAUAAAAUUUGCAUUUAUAAUUAAUGAAAUGUAAAUGGAGAAAGAAAAGCUGAUUCAUUUUUUCUCAUUUUGGUUUACUAAACUUGUUGCUUUACAUUUAAUUGCUUGAGCAGUGAAGACCUAAAUGUACAUUUGAAUGCAACACUUUCCAAGGCUAUCAGUUGGAAUGAACCGUAAAAACCGUUGUUGAUAUGCACAACUAAGCAUGGUGUUUUCGAGGUUACAAUAUCCCAUUGUUUUUUUUUGGGUGUUGUUAUUUUUUUAAAAUUAUUUUUCAGUCGAUAAAUUUAUUAUGAUAACUGCUUAAAUAGACAGAGAUAAUGGGAUAUUGGAAACGUAAUUUCAAGUUUUGUAUGAAAUCUAUUGACUCGGUGUACUUCGCAAAUGUUCUAUAUUUAACGAUCAACAGAUUCUCAGUGACUUAAAACCUGGCAUCGUAAAAAUUAAAUCAAAAUCCGCUUUGUGUUUGUAUGUACCCGUAGUCAGUUCCAAAAUUUGAACCUUUUCGCAGCAA